AUGGAGCCGAUCUCCGCCGCCGAUAAGUCGGCGCCGACAUCGGCCGACUUUCCCCUUCGGGUGCAAAUGGGUCGCGGUCUCAGCUUCACCUUAGAGUGGAACGACUACGCCGUCCUUCGCGACCAAAAGAAAGAGUUCACCGAGAGAUGCUUUGGACUCGCCAUCAGGUUCGCUUGGUUUGACAUUGGGCGGGACGACCUGCGGUUGUGGGUGCUCGGGAUCGGCCCGCUUCGAUCGGCCAUGAAAGCCGCCGACCAUUCUUGCUUUGCUAAGGCUUUCGACGCCGACAUCGCCGCUAUCCCGCUGAAAUCGACCGGCGGCCCGCUUCCAGGGUCACACUGCAGCGUCAUAGCCAUCCUCUACCCAGGAGAUGUGCUGAAGGCUGAGGGACAGGUCUGCAGGACAUCGAUCCGGCACAUCGACCCGCACACCGGAAAAGGGAAGCACCGCGACGAGGCCGUCCGCGUCCUGAAGCUAUUCCGCACGGCUGCCCUGGCCGAGCUGGGGCGUCCCGGUAGGAAGUGGGACGGGGCGCCGCCAUCACAAGCAGUGGUGGAGGAAAGGCUUGCCGACUGCGACGACCCUAUCCGCGACAAAGUGCCGGGCACAGUGUCGGACGGGCAUGUCGGCACCGGCAUGCUUGCCGCGACGUCGUUCGGGUGGGUGGCCAAGCAGAUCGGCCUGCUGACGGGCGACAAGGCUCGGAGCGCUGUGAGCAUCGAGAACAUCAAGGUCGCGGGUUUGAGGUCGCUCCGUGAUAGCAUGGUCGAUUACAUCUGCCAUCGUGUCGCCGAAAACCGGAUAGCGGCGCCGACUUCAGGCGCCGACGGACCCGCCGAGGGUGCGAUUGAUGACGACGGCGCGGAAAGUCAGACGGCGCCCCAAGCAGCAGCUGCCGCCCAGCGCCAGGAGGACUUGCCGGUGUCCGCGGAAGGAGGAACCGGUGGAGGACUAGGCGACGAUGCGGCAGGCGCAGGGAGGAAGGAAGAGGAGUUGACGGACUCUGGCUCAGAGUCGGAGUCGGAGGGGGAGGAGGAGGACGAAGGGGAGAAGGAGAAUGAGGACGAGGAGGAUGACGAGGGCAAGGACGAGAACGAUGAGGUGGUGGAGGUGGUGGCCGGGAAGGAUGAGGCGGCGCACGAGGAAGGGGUGGAGGAGGAGGUGGAGUACGAGCUGGAGUACGCAGACGGCACGGUUGAGGCGGUGGGGUCGGCGGACGAGAAGAACGAGGAAGCGGAGGAUGGCGAUGCGGGUAAUGCUACGGGGUCGGCAGGUGAGGGGAAGGAAAAGGAUGAGGUCGGCGUGGAGGCAACGACGGAAACGGGCCAGGAGGAGGCGGCAUGCGAAGGUGCGAAGGUGUCGGACGACGUCGAUGAGCUGCGACGGGAGAACUUGCUGUUGAGGGCGGAGAACGCUCGGCUGCAGGGUUUGCUCGAUGCGGAACGGGCUCGGCUGGACGCGUUUUUUGUUGGGCUACGUGGACUCGUCGACCACCUGAAGGAGUUGGCCGAGCAGGUCGACGACACCGAGAAGUAUGCGGCGGAACAGCUGCGAAACGCGGCGGAGGCCAUGUCGCAGACCAUCACGGGCAACAUCACCGGCAGCUUCGACGAGGCGUGGAAGACGAUGAAGACCUUCGCGGAACAGGCGUCGGCGUGGCUGGAGGACUUCGACAACCCGGAGGGAAAUGUGGCGUAUCAACGCGCCUUAGCGGUCACCACCUUGGCCGACCACGUCGACAAGGUGGUGGGCGAUGCGCAGGAGGAUUUGCGGGAGCACAUCACGAGCCAGUUGUCCGCCGCAGCUGUCAACAUCGCCACAGCUGUGACCGGCAGGCUCCCCGUGCAGCCGCCGCCACCGCCUCAGCCCACGCCGCCCGCCCUCCCGGAAGAGCUCUUGAAGUCGUUCAAGGCCGACAUCAUGAAGACGGUGACGGAGGCCACCGAGCAGUCGUUCGUUGCGUCCGGGAUGAAGAUGUUGACCGAGAUGAUCGGCACGGUGGCGCCUGGUCGACGUGGGUCGUCGCCUUCGGCCAAUGACGCCGACGCCGCGCAACAGAGGGCGGCCGACAAGCAAGGCCUGAAGAGGUCGGGCGACGGUGACGACAAGGAGAGCUCGAAGCGGAGCAAGGGAUCGGACGGGAGCCGCGUCACGAAGCCUCCUGCGCGGAGCGUGGUCGACAUGCUGAAGGCGAAGGGGUGGAAGGUGAGGGGAGGGUCGACCAGCAAGGGAAGCGGAAGCGGGGGGGCGGACGGGAGACCUGCCGACGGGAUCGCGGCUAACGUCGAUGCACCGCCUGGCCCGCCUUUGGACGCCGAGCAGACCCAUCCUCAGGCGAGCGGUGGGAAGGACGCGGCCCCCACUGCCCAGGCGGCGAAAGUCGGAGGCGCCGGAACCACCCAGGGGCCGUCUGACGCGGUGCCGGCCAAGGGCAAGGCGAUGUCUGCGUCUGCUACGGUCGCCGGAACCGGCACGGCGAAGGCUGCCUCUGCUUCAGUCCCCGGAACCGGCAAGUCGAAGGCUGCUUCUGCUACGGUCGCCGGAACCACCAAGUCGACACCAUGUAACCCGCCUGCGGCAACCACCGGGCCCGCCGGCCAGUCAGGUGCGGGGAAGCAUGGGGAGGCCCGUGCGGCCCCUCCAGCUCCAGCAGCCCCUACUGCCGCCAAGGUCGACGCGAAGGCUGCUUCGGCACAGGGGCCACCCGGGAGUAACGCGCUUAGGGUGUUGCUCCACCGCAUGGAGUCCCACCGCCCGGGCGCGCAGCAGCAUCCUGUGGUCGACGCCGGCCUCGCAGAAAUAGCACGUCGCUCCGUCACUCCGCACGUUGCCGGCAAACCGUCCGAUGCCCAAUCUGCCGCGCGGCCGGUCGCCGCCCCACCGCCUGCGGACCCCAAGUCCGCGUUUCUUCGCGCCCAUAUAGGCGCACGCAAAGCGGCAGCUCCACCAGUCACUCAGCCGGAACCCGGCACAAGCGCGACGCCGACGGCUGUAAAUGCGACCGCACCCUCCCCAGGAGCAGCUGUGGUCGAUCUGGCGGCGGAGAGGGGAGUCAGUGCAGCGCUAGCCACCGGCGGCCGCGCCGACAGGCAUGCCGCCCUCGAAUCCGUCCUGGCCCAGUUUGAGGCAGCAAAACGGCCCGAGCAUGCCCCGGCACUGGCCAUCGUGGACACGGCGCAUGCGGAGCCGUCGGCGACCAACACAGGGGGUUCGGCGGAGCCGACGGCCGCAACGGGUGUUGUCGCCGAGGGAAAUGCGGGACGGAAGGGUAAGGACGACACCGGGAAAGGGAAGGCGGUGUCGGCGGGGAAGGAGAUGGCGGAAGACAAAGGGAAGAAGCCGGCACGGAAGACGGGCGGCAAGGGUAAGUCGGCAAAGAAGAAGGAGGAGGAGAAGGAGGAGGAGGAGGAGGAGGAGGAGGAGGAGGAGGAGGAGGUGGGGGAGGGGGAAGAGCAUGGACGCCGGGGUCAUGGCAUCCGCCGAGACAGGUCUGGCGACGGGCAGGGGUGGGUGGGCGAGAUGAAGUUCAAGAACCAGAAUCGGUACAUCGGCAAGUCCCGCGACAAGAUGGAGCUGGCCUACGAGCACGCGAUUGCGUACUUCGUCUACGACGGCUACGUGAGCAAGGUGCUCAUGAAGGAGCUCACCGCCUUGAAGCCGGGAGAGUUGGAUGAAUGGAAGGCGGUGUGGGAGGAGGUCAAAAUCCUGCCGACCGGGAUGUGGACGGUGAUGUGGGCCAGAGGCUUGUGCCAUCCGAGAGCAAGGUUCGACGACAUACUCGGCAGGUUCCGUGGGUACGCAGGUUCGGGUGAUGCGCUUCAUGGCGUGCUCUGGCCGGCGAUGUGGUUCCCCAUCAUCGAGGACACGGAGGAAGGCAGGGCGGAGACAAAUGCCAACAUGUCGGCGAUGGUGAAUCGCGUGUCGAUGUGCGCGGCGUAUGGAAAGGUCGCGGCGAGAGUCGCGUAUGGGAAGGUCGACGGGAGCGCGGAGGCGACCGCGGGAGAGACGACGGAUAUGGAAGGCGCGGACAGGAAGGCGGACGAGAAGGUGCAGAUGGGGGCCCAGGCGUUAGCGGCCUCUGCAUGCGCCCUCUGGUGCUACAUGUCGACGCCGGCGUCGGUGCUCGGUGCUGUGGGCGAAGGUAAGGCGGCCGCGAUUCUGGCAGGUGCGGGGAAGGAGAGGGGCGAGCACUUCGCGAUGGUCAUGCACGUGGUUAUCGAACACGCACGCACUCGGCAGGCUCCCGCGGGGGAGGUUGCACAUAACGUCGCGCCAGAGCUGCAGCGCUAUGGAGUGGCCAGGGCCUUCGAGGCGGGCAUUGAGGAAGACGAGGCCGACAUGAUCGCAAGAGCGACGGUCGAGACCUUGGCGUUCUGGGGAAUGUGCCCCCUCGACGGGCCCAAGCUCAAAGCGGAGGGCAUCGAUGUGCCGUGUGACGCGAAGAUGGAGUACGACUUGGAUCACAGGGGGAGGAAGGGGGAGAAGGUCAAGCAGGCCAAGGGCAGCAAGAGGAAGAGGUAG